UAGGGUAUUUCCGUUAUAAAAUCACCUAUUUAAACCAACUUAAAUCUUCUACGCACAUACACCAAAUUGAUGGGUAUAAAAGCUUAUGACGCUUGCGGCAUCGCAAACGGUGGAACAUUAUCUACAGUUUACGAAUUCCUUUAAGCAGAAUUAAUUUUCUAUUAAAACAAUAAAACACAACAGAUAAUGGGGAAAAGGGGAGCAAGGUUCUAUCCGCCAGCAGAAAAGCCAGCAUUACCUAAUAAAAAUGAAGUAGGUUUCACCACGAAUGCAACGAACCGUGAGAAUAAAAUGGAGCUAUAUGGACCACCAAAUGGAAUCCACAUGAAAGGGGAUAUAAUCAUUAUCGUUACAAGUGGAGGGUUCAAAGUAGUGUUUAUUAGUAUGGUGGCGUGCGAGACAGGAAUGUCAACUCGAUUAUGGAUGGUGUGUUCGGCUGCAGCAGAUUCAAUAUUUGGCGUCGGGAUCAUAGCAAUGCUGAUAAAGAUGAUAUCAAUUGCACAGCGUCAGGGUACAAAGUUAAUAAGAGAUGCUGUUUCCGAAAUCUUCCUUGUGGUGCCCGUUAGGAUUGCCUACCUUUACUUCAAUCAGUCGUUCCUUGGAAAGGUUCGCGUAACGAUGAUAUCGAUUGCUUGCGUUUGUUUCCAAACCACAAGACGACAUGUUUACAUAAAUGAGGAUAAGUGGAAACUUCCUGUUGAGAAUAUUGUAUUUCAAAAUGAGGGCGGACACUCUGUUGGAAACCCGGCAGUUACACGCUGUACAGAAACAGAUCAAAUGACCUGCGCUGAAUUCCCAAGGGAAGAAACUUUUGAACAGGAUGUAAAUUCGGUCAACGGCAGUGAAAGUAGCAGCAAAUAUAAUGUAUAUCUGAUGCGUUGCGAUUGUGAUUCUGACUGUUGUAAUUUCUUUCAUCCAAAAGAGCGGAUCCUCUCCGAAUCACAAAUCGAAAGAUCCUUUGGAAACAAUGCUACAAUUGACUUUCCGAUUUCUGACGUUUCAAAGAAAAUAGGUUACAUAAAGCAGAAACUAUGUCAACAUAUUCUUCUUGAAUCAACGCAGCAAGAAGACUGGUUGCAUUUAAACGGAUGCGUUUUAGGCUAUAUACCAGAAAUUGCCAGCUGUAAAGACCGAGAUCAAAUGACCUGCGCUGAAUUCCCAAGGGAAGAAACUUUUGAACAGGAUGUAAAUUCGGUCAACGGCAGUGAAAGUAGCAGCAAAUAUAAUGUAUAUCUUAUGCGUUGCGAUUGUGAUCCUGACUGUUGUAAUUUCUUUCAUCCAAAAGAGCGGAUCCUCUCCGAAUCACAAAUCGAAAGAUCCUUUGGAAACAAUGCUACAAUUGACUUUCCGAUUUCUGACGUUUCAAAGAAAAUAGGUUACACAAAGCAGAAAAUAUGUCAACAUAUUCUUCUUGAAUCAACGCAGCAAGAAGACUGGUCGCAUUUAAACGGAUGCGUUUCAGGCUAUAUACCAGAAAUUGCCAGCUGUAAAGACCGAGAUUCGGUGAACAGUCAGAUUUCCUUGGAAGUAUAUGAAAAUGAUCUUAUGGACACAGAUGAAGAUAGUUUUCUUGCAAUCUCGGCUGAAGAAAUAAACACAGAACAUGUAGAGCAGGACUUAUGGAAAUGGUCGCACCUUGAUAAGACAUAUGGAGAAAACACACAAAGGAAUUGUGUGGCAUAUCCGACAGUCAGGAGCUGUACAGAAAUAGAUUCUGUAAUCAGUCAGACUUCCCUGGAAAUAUAUGAAAAUGACAUAAUGGAAACAGAUCAAAUGACCUGUGCUGAAUUCCCAAGGGAAGAAACUUUUGAACAGGAUGUAAAUUAUCAUUCUUCUGGACACUUGUCGGUCACCGGCAAUGAGAGCUGUAAACAGAAUGCAGACUCGAAACGGCUUGAUUGGUAUUCGGAACAAUCAGACGGAAAAGACCAUCCCGAUAGCAAAGUGAAAGAAAAUGAAGAUGAUUUAUGCAGUAGAGAAACGAUAAAGUGUCAACUAGAUCGGGUAGAAGAAUGGCUAAUAAGCAAUGAUUUUGAAAGAAUGAAUACAGACAUUGAUGAUUAUACAGGUUGUGGUGAACACGAAUUCAAACCUUUUGAAAACUCAAUAACACAAUGUAACAAAGAAUGCAAAUGUGAAAAAAUAUCAAAAGAUAAGGCAAUAACUGAUAUAUCCUGUUUAACAAGAUCAUGUUCAAAUAUCAAGGCGAAAAGUUUGAAUAAAGACAACGAUUCUGGCCAGUUGGAUUCUUUUCCGGAUGCACACCCGUUGCAUGAUCGUAGCAAAGCUAAUUUACAUGAACAUUUUGAAACACAUGCUAAGAUAAAGGGCAACUUCCAAACAAAUCCAUUGCAUUGUAUCAGUAUAACCCCGAAGACAGAAUCAAUGUUGUACCCUCAAGAAUCUCAGCGCGAUUCAAACGAAACCAAAACCAUUGCUUCUUCUAGCAGGAAAAGUAAUUCCCUGCAAAAUAUAAGCAAUAAUGAGUCCAAGCAUAAAAUCAAAACUUCCCUUUUGGACACAAAUCCUGCUCCUCUUACAUUACCAGAUCCUUUUCACCGAGACGUGCUCGUCGUGGUCUAGGCACAGGGCAGAACAUGGUAGGGGCUUAAAUAAAAAAUAGCUUUUAGCAUGUUUUGUCCUGACAAACGUCGGUGUUUUAUGUAUAGGUUUAUUCAUGAACAUACUUAAUCUUCAUUUCUCUCUAUUAGAUUAAAAAAGAGAAAUGUGUUACGUGACACUCAUUGCUACCUGUAUUUUUAUAUUGAAAAGUUUGGAAGUUGCCCAAAAUAAAUAACUGUGCAUUGAUGAUUAAAUAGUUAGUCUGCUUUCAUUUAAUUUAUGCUACACAUUGUUAUUUAUAGAUCAUGAAUUAUUUUAUGUUAAAUAUCGACUCCUGUUUAUGAAUUUUAUAGAGGAUAUUGAAUGAGUUUACGUUUAAUUCUAAAUUUAUUGAACGAGUUUAAGUAAAAUUAUAUUCUAUUAUUUUAUUCAACGACUUCAAUAAAAAAGUAAUGAAGCUACGCGAAUAUAAUAUUUAUCACUUAUACAUAAUAGAACUGUUUAUAGUCAAAUUGAAUCACUAUUUCAUUGACGCGAUUUAAGUGUGAUGCUAACAUUGGGCGCUUCUUUAUACUAUGUUUCUAUGAUGCAAAUGAAGUAAAGUCAACGAACAGCAUGCAAUACAAUAUGUCGGAGUCGCAAAGUGAUAAAAACUCUGCAUUCUUUCAAUUAAUGAAUUAACGAUCACGAUAUGUGAUAUUUAAUGCUAAUAAGUGUAGUGACUUGUCGAUAUUCCAGUUCAAGACUUUUAAAGCUAUAUU